AUGGGCAAGGAAGACGCUAUGGAGGCACAGGGCAGCGGGAGCAGUUAUAGGCCAUUUGAGCGCAGCGAAGAGGAGGACGACGAAGGAGCAGCAAGCCUGGGUGGAGAGGAACAACUCCAGGAGCAUGAUACUACGCAAGACCGUGUGGACUAUGAGCAGUUGCUGGGCGAUGAGAAUCUGAGUGCAAUGGACCGGCAGUACGCUGCUCCCACGAACAUACCCAGGCGGAUACAUAUCGUGGGCACGGGCAGUAUUGGCAAGCUCGUGGCGCAUUCAUUGCGAGGUCUGCCAGAUCCGCCGCCAGUCACGCUGCUCUUCCACCGCCCGCAGCUGCUUGAUGCGUGGGAGAAGGGCAACAAGCAGAUCACCAUUCAUGACGACGGGUUCGACGUACCACGGGGUGGCUUCGACGUUGAGCUAGCUCCAAAUGAGAGGAUGCAGCAUGGAGUGUUACUGCAGGAUGGCACGCCGGAUGUAUACGAUGUCGCCGAUGAAAACCUACGACCGCACGAGGCAAUCAAGCUCCUAGAAGAGGAGCAGAAGCAAGCCGCAGCGCAGCAGAUGCCAGAGCCUGCCGAGAGCGACGAGCAGAAAAACAGACUUCCGGCCAACGCACUCCGCUACAGCGAAUACCACUCGAGGGAGACAAUUCAUAACCUCAUUGUCACCACAAAAGCAGCCUACACUGUGCCUGCGCUUGCACGCCUCAAACCUCGUAUCCUGCCAACAAGCACGAUCUGCUUCCUGCAGAAUGGCAUGGGUACCAUCGACGAGCUCAACCAAAAGCUCUUCCCCGACCCGAAAGACCGGCCCAACUACGCCCAAGGCAUCAUCACGCACGGCGCCAACGUACCACCCGAACGUGCCGAACAAGACCCCUUCUACGCCGUCCACGCCGGCCACGGCACCAUUGCCCUCGGCCUCCUACCCCGCGACGACAUACCACGAGGCACCGACAUCGACCCCACCACCGCCUCCCGCUCACAAACCUGGAAAUGGUCCCAAUCCUCCCGCCACCUCCUGCGCACCAUCACGCGCUCCCCCGUCCUCUGCGCCGUCGGCUUCACCCCCACCGAACUCCUGCAACAACAACUCGAAAAACUCGCCGUCAACUCCGUCCUCAACCCCCUCACCGCCCUCCUAGACGCCCGCAACGGCAGCCUCCUCUACAACUUCGCCCUAACCCGCACCACGCGCCUCUUGCUCGCCGAAACAUCCCAGAUCAUCCGCAAUCUCCCCGAGCUCCGCGGCGUGCCCAACGUGAACACGCGUUUUAGUCCAGAGAGGUUGGAGACGCUGGUCGUGAGCGUGGCGAACAAGACGAAGGAUAAUGUGUCCUCGAUGCUGGCGGAUGUGCGGGCGGGAAGGGAGACGGAGAUUGAGUAUAUUAAUGGAUAUAUUGUGAGGAGGGGCGAGGAGCAGGGGAUCAAGGCGGUGGUGAAUUAUGGAAUCAUGCAGACGGUGAUAGGGAAGGCGAGAAUGGUUAGUAAAGAGACGAGGGGUGAUGUGCCGGAGAAUGAGGAAGGUGUACAGCUAUUGCAUGUGAUUGCUUUGAAGACAAUGGGUCGCUGUGUCGAUAGUGACGACACUGCAGACCCCAUCUAG